AGCGUAUGUAGAGUGGAGCAGACAUGUUGCUGUAAUGGAGUGUUUUGAUGCAGUUAGUUAGAGUGUUUCCCGCUUUCUGUCUGUGUAUUUAGUAUAGCAGCAGCAGCAGCAGGAGGAGAAGGAGGUCCUGCUCCUCGGUCUCUGCCUGUGUUGUGAAGGGACGCUGCCCGGCCGGCGGGUCUCCUGCGCGGGGAAUGUACCGGAGAGGGCCGAGCCAGAAGGAGCGGGGCGGCGCGGAGAGCGGCCCCCGCCAGGAGCUGCUAGUGUUCGGCUACGCGUGUAAGCUGUUCCGCGAUGACGAGCGGGCGAGCGAGCAUGAGCACGGCGCCCAGCUCAUCCCGUGGAUGGGGGACAAGAGCCUGCUGAUCGAUAGGUACGAUGGCCGCGGUCAUUUACAUGACCUUUCGGAGUACGACGCAGGCUCAUGGAACCAGAACUACCAGCUGUCUGAAGAGGAGGCCAGGAUAGAGGCUUUGUGUGAUGAGGAGAGAUACCUGGCCCUGCACACUGACCUGCUGGAGGAGGAGGCCAGGCAAGAGGAAGAAUACAAGAGACUAAGUGAGGCGUUGGCUGAUGAAGGCACCUACAAUGCGGUGGCUUUCCGCUACAGCGCCGACUACUAUGACCCCUCCCAGCCCACUGAAGAGGAAGAUGCCAGCAAAGAAAACGACCCUGAUCCUCAGGAGGAAGACUGUGAAGAGCCGUUUGUUGCGCCCCCUGGCUUGGCGAUACCCCCUGAUGUUGAACUGCCUGCCACCAUCAAGACCCACGCCAUCAUCGAGCGCACAGCCAACUUCGUUUGCAAACAAGGCGCUCAGUUCGAGAUCGUGCUGAAGGCGAAGCAGGCGGGGAACUCUCAGUUCGACUUCCUGCGCUUCGACCACUACCUAAACCCCUACUAUAAACAUAUUCUCCGGGCCAUGAAGGAGGGGCGCUAUACACCUGUCUCUGACAGCAAGCAGGACCAGGGGCAAGAUUCCAAAACAGGAAAUUCUGAUGAUAGUAACGAUGAUGAUGAUGACGAUGAUGGGGAUGGCAGCUAUCUUCACCCCAGUCUGUUUGCAACGAAGAAGUGUUCUCGUCUGGAGGAGAUCAUUAAGCCCUUGCAGGUCAUGGAUCCAGACCACCCUUUGGCGGCACUAGUUCGUAAAGCCAAGCAGGAGAAGAACGGCUCCAUAGCUUUGACAGCCAAGCCCGAGGAGGAGGUGGCACCACUGGUGCAGCCCACACCAGCAGAUUACACCACCGACCCUAACAUGGCUGCAAUGUACUAUGGGUAUUGUAUGCUACCUGAUGGCACGUACUGCUUGGCCCCACCGCCACCUGGGAUCGAUGCCAGCGCCUACUAUGGCUCCAUGCCCACUGGCAUGAUGCCGGCACAGUCAGCAUCCGUAGCGCCUCCGCCGCCGGGCACCACUCCUCCACCUCUCGACACCAUGACCGCUGUCCCACCAGCUCCUGCUCCUGUCCCGACCCCUGCCCUCGCCCCCGUCGUUUCUGCCCCAGUCGCUCUCUCUGCCCCCGCUGGUCUUCCCGCCGCCACCACCAGCUCUCACCCUCCUCCAGCCAGCGUAUGCCAGCCAGUAGCGGCUCCUACUGCCGCCAUCAUCCCCCCUCCACCAGAUAUCCAGCCUGUUAUUGACAAGCUGGCUGAGUAUGUGGCCCGGAAUGGAGUGAAGUUUGAGAGCAGUGUGCGUGCUAAGAAUGACUCGCGGUUUGACUUCCUGCAGUCUUGGCACCAGUACAACACUUAUUACGAGUUCAAGAAGCACUACUUCAUGCAGAAGGAAGGUCUAAGCCUGCCGCAGGGCUCUGAUGGGCAGGGCGGCGAGGAAGACUGCACGGCGAACGGUUCCUUCGACAAACAGAAUAACGAGGGCAAGCUCAUUAAAGCGUCCUUUGCGCCCAUCUGCUUCGCGAUAAAGUACAAAGAGAACGACAUGCUGCCUCUGGAAAAGAACCGCGUGCGGCUGGAUGACGACUCGGACGAGGACAGGGAGAAGCAGGAGCAGCUGGAGGGGGCGGAGCAGGCCGUGGCAGGGCUGGAGAUGCAUCGGGAAGCUCUGGUUGCCCCCCAGCCUGAAGAGCAGAAGAAGCCCACGCUGUCUCUCGAGGAGCUGGAGGCCAAGCAAGCCAAGCAGAAGCUGGAGGACCGUUUGGCCGCGGCUGCGAGGGAGAAGCUGGCUCAGGCCUCCAAAGAGUCGAAAGAGAAGCAGCUUCAGGCCGAGCGCAAGAGGAAAGCGGCCCUGUUCCUGCAAACCCUGCGCGGCCCAGAGGCCGAGAUCAAACGGGCUGACGAGCCCUCUGCUCCCACGGAGCCAGAAGUGUCCUCUCUGCCCAUGGGGAUCCUGCCCGCUCACACCCUCCAGAUCCCAGGUUUAGACUACCCGGCUCUGGAGGUCGCCCCGCUGAGGAGUGCGGACCCCCCGCCGCCUGUCCUGCCCCUCUCCACCUCCUCCUCCUCCUCCACCUCUCGAGGCCUCGACCGAGAACGGGAUAGAGAUAAAGAUAGAGAACGGGAUAGAGACAGAGAUCGAGACAGAGACAAAGAUCGAGACAGAGACAAGAAGAAGAAGAAACACAAGAGGAGGUCUCGCUCCAGGUCUCGCUCACGGUCCAAAACCAAGCACUCGCUUCCCAGCGCCUAUCGCUCCUACAGGAGAUCCAGGUCCCAGUCUCGCUCGCCCAACAGGAGAGAGCGCCACGCUCACUCUUCGGAGAAACGGCGAGAGGAGAGGGAGCGAGAGCGCUACGCGAGUGGAGCUCAUCGCCUUAGCAACAGUCCAGGACUAGGCCGGAAGCGCUCAAGGUCCAGAUCCAGGUCUCCCCAUGAAAAGAGAAAGAAGAAGAGCUCGAAAUCUCAGCAGGCCUCCUCCUGUUCUCCCUCAGGCUCUCCAGAAAGGGCUCGAGCUAACACCAAAGGCUCCAGACACGCCACCAGCCCCUCCCCCACCAGCAGCCCUGCUUCCAGCUUAAGCAGAUCCAGGGAUGGUUCACAGGAAAAGGACAAGCAAGUCUCGUCUACCAUCGUCUCGUCAGUGCAGAGCAAGAUCACUCAGGACCUGAUGGCCAAGGUGCGGGCGAUGCUGGCCGCCUCGAAGGGUCUUCAGCCCAACCUGUCCUGAGAUGGGAUGGGAGCAGAAGGGCAGGAGAAGACAGAUGCUGUGAACUGGGUCAUUCAGGAGCAGCGGCUCUGCUAGAGGAGGAGGAAGAGCACAGUCAUUUCUGCUCUUAUGUUACCGAGUUGUUGUUGUUUUUUUUUUUUUGUUUUUUUUUCUUGUGAAUGAGAUGAACGGCAGCCGCGGGGAAGCGGCUGUACCGGUCGCUGAAGCCCGAACAGGUGUACGCCGAGCCAGGCAGCAGACUGCGGGAUUAUCCCUCCUUCUGCUGCGGAAGACUGUUCUUUCUUUUGUUUUCUUUUCCUUUUUUCUUUAGUUUUUUUUUUUUCUUUUGAAUUGUGUUUCUUCAUUUCUCUUCAUUCCUUUCUCUUUUCCGCCAGAAGGUGCCACCGUAAAGAAAUAUCAACGACAGGAAAUAAUUUAUUAAGCAUUGUGUAUUAGAUAAAAACAAAUUCCAACUUUCACCCAAACUGAUGACCCAGCUCCUUCUCGUGCGAUAAUGCUCGCGCCAGAGGGGCGGUGUUAUAUCCUUCUGUGAAGGAUAAUGUUGUUUAUUUUCUCUCUCUUUCUAUUUUUCUCUCUCUUUAUCUAUCUCUACUCCAUCCCAGUUCUCCCUUCCAGCCAGGUUCAUUCUCUGCAGCCACUUGGCUGCUCUGCGUUUCCGUCUAUAAUUAGGUUUUAAAUAAUGUGGCCUUCACGUUCUGAGUUUGUACAGGGUUUACUUUGCAUCUGCUUUGUAAAACACUGAACAGUAAUAAAAAUCUGAAUUAUGAA